GUGUGACUGCAAUAGUUUCACCCAGGAGCCAGACAGAUGGGGUUAAGUAAGAGACUUAAUCCUUCCGGAAGGUCAGGACUGGAACCUGAACGUGGGACCCCAGGACAGAGGACAGUGGAGGAGAAAGGGCAGGAUGAGUCACACCCGCUCGCUAGUUCCCCUGGGGAGCUCGGACCACCAGGAUCAGCACCUGCCGGGUCAAGAUUCACCCACGGAGGUCUCUGAGGUCCAGGGUGUGCACGAUUGGAUCCGCGGGGUUACACACACCCGGUGAGGGUCCCGGGAAGGGACCCGUGGGGUCGGAGUCCGGGUCAGGGCCUGUGCUGGGCUCUGUGUGCCAGAAGGGAGGGGGAACGGGCGCGCAGGAUGCAAAUCUGCAGAGCAAGCGAUGCGCAGAAGAGAUACCGGGUGACUCCGAGAGGGUCUGAGGCUCGGCAGGUCAGGCGCGGACCCUUGCUCCCCCUCCCCCGCCGCCGCUCCCGCCCCCGCCCCUCCCCCGCCGCCGCCGCCCAGCGUCGCUGCCGGAAAGUUUGCGAGCGGCUGGCGCGGAGCCGGCGCCGACCCCGGUGGCGCGCGGCGGAGAGCAGCAGCCGGCGGCGCCCAGAGUUGAGCGCUGUCGAGGACCACGAGCGGCGCAGCCCAGCCCCGGAGCACGCCCGAGGAGGACUGCGCAUACCCCAAGGAGCCAGGCGCUCAUCCCCUGCCAUAUGUGGGGGCUGGCUACCCAGAGGCAUGCCCCUCACCCGGCUCCACUGUGCCCACCUGCUGCUGCUGUCAUGGCUGGCACGAGCACCCUCAGCCCAGGUGAUGGACUCCCUGUUUGAGAAGUGGAAGUUCUACGGUGACCAGUGCCGCCACAACCUGAGCCUGCUGCCUCCGCCCACCGAGCUAGUGUGUAAUAGAACGUUCGACAAGUACUCCUGCUGGCCCGACACACCUCCCAAUACCACAGCCAACAUUUCCUGCCCCUGGUACCUGCCUUGGUACCACAAAGUGCAGCACCGCCUGGUGUUCAAGAGGUGUGGGCCUGAUGGGCAGUGGGUCCGAGGGCCACGGGGGCAGCCGUGGCGCGACGCCUCCCAGUGUCAGCUGGACGAGGAAGAGGUCGAGGUCCAGGUCAGCUCUGGAGGGCAGUGUCACACGGGGCUGGGCGGGGCUUGGGGGGGCACUGCCCAGCCCCGCUCUGCUCCUGGUUUGCAGAAGGAGGUGGCCAAGAUGUACAGCAGCUACCAGGUGAUGUACACUGUGGGCUACAGCCUGUCCCUGGUGGCCCUGCUCCUCGCCCUGGUCGUCCUGCUGGGCCUCAGGAAGCUGCACUGCCUCCGGAACUAUAUCCAUGCGAACCUCUUCGCAGCCUUUGUGCUCAAGGCCGGCUCUGUGCUGGUCAUCGAUUGGCUGCUCAAAACACGCUACAGCCAGAAGAUUGGAGAUGACCUCAGCGUGAGCGUCUGGCUCCGUGAUGAGGCGGUGGCCGGCUGCCGAGUGGCCACGGUGAUGAUGCAGUACGGCAUCAUAGCCAACUACUGCUGGUUGCUGGUAGAGGGCGUGUACCUGCACAGCCUGCUGAGCCUUGCCACCUUCUCCGAGAAGAGCUUCUUUUCCCUUUACCUGGGUAUUGGCUGGGGUGCACCCUUGCUGUUCGUCAUCCCCUGGGUGGCGGUGAAGUGUCUGUUUGAGAACGUCCAGUGCUGGACCAGCAAUGACAACAUGGGCUUCUGGUGGAUCCUGCGAAUCCCUGUCUUCCUGGCUAUACUGAUCAAUCUCUUCAUCUUUGUCCGUAUUCUUCACCUGCUUGUGGCCAAGCUCCGAGCCCGUCAGAUGCACUAUGCGGACUACAAGUGCCGGCUCGCCCGGUCCACGCUGACCCUCAUCCCCCUGCUGGGUGUGCACGAGGUGGUCUUUGCCUUUGUGACUGAUGAGCACGCCCAGGGCACGCUGCGCUCCACCAAGCUCUUCUUUGACCUCUUCCUCAGUUCCUUCCAGGGUCUGCUGGUAGCUGUUCUCUACUGUUUCCUCAACAAGGAGGUGCAGGCAGAACUUCUGCGGCGCUGGAGGCAAUGGCAAACAGGCAAAGCCCUUCAGGAGGAAUGGCUGGCCAGCAGCCAUGGAAGCCACAUGGCUCCAGCAGGGCCCAGUCGCAGUGACCCCUGUGAGAGACUUCAGCUUGUGAGUGCAGGCGGCAGCAAUGAUACUGGCCGUGAGCCCUCUGUGGGGACCUCCUUGGCCAGCAGUCUCCCAGGGCUGGCUGACACAGGAUAACCCAGAACCAGAUGCCUGCCCAAGGCUGCAGAGACAAAGCAGCGAGACAGCAGCUUGUACUGUCCACACUCCCCUGACCUGUCCUGACCCUGGUACAGGCCACAUUGAUGGGGUGGGGGUCAGAUGCAAUGGAGAAGCCACGCUAUGAACUGUGGGUGUUCCCAUGUGUGUUGACAUGUGCACAGAUACAUGACCUUCAGUAAAGAGCUCAGUUAGUA